CACUCACUUGUAGUCAUAGUAGCAACUUCAACUACUGAUAUCAUAUCACAAAACAGUGAAGGAUUAUUAGGGAAGUUUUAUUAGUUUGAAACCGCACCAAUUUAUUAUAUAACAUGUGUCGUGGAACUUUUGUGGUUGCAACCACUGUUGGAGUGGUGGAGGCGUUGAAGGAUCAAGGGUAUUGCAAAAUGAACAACACAAUGAUGAAGUCGGUGGCUCAACAAGCCAAGAGCCACUUAGGGUCAGCAACUCGGGCCAAGAAGCUGGCUUCUCCUUCUCCUUCUUCUUCUUCAGCAACUUCAAAUAAUGAGAAGAGAAGGAUGGCAGAGGAGUCUCUCAGAACAGUUAUGUAUUUGAGCACCUGGGGUCCCAAUUCUUAGAGUUAGAAAACAUUAGAUUAAUGAUAAAUAUUAGUAUAAUUCAGCAAGGCACAAAAAUAUGAUGCCAGUGAUGAUCAGCUCAGCCACGUAAUUCUAUAAAACUGGAGAGUGCUCAUAACAUAUAGCACUGUUGAUGGAUUGAUUGUGCAAGGUUUUGAUCCUUAUUGAUUGUUGGUGGGUUUGUAUGUGACUGUAAAUUGCCAUAUCAUAUCAAUAAAAAGUUACGUGCUUUUGCACGGAAAUUCGUGUGAUU